AUGUCGUCACCAUCGUGUACCGUGUACGACAACUCGCUAGGGGGCACCCGGCCGCGGCGCCACAUCGCACCGCAGAUACGUGCUGCCGGUCUCGUCAUUAACAGCGACUGCGGCACUGUCGCGGAGCUGACCUCAAACUACUACACUUCCGGCCGCUCUACACCGGACCUCAUCAAGUCCUACCGCCGCGGAGGCGACGUGGGUCAUACGUACCGCCACUACGGCCGCGCGCGCGACCCGCCUGUCGACGAAACAGUGCGGUACGGCGUUAAGAAUUCCACCGAUGGGGGCGCGCACGCAUGCCUGCAACCUGACAGCUGCCGCAUGACCGCACUGAUGGACGAGCAGCUGGAGCGCAUGUAUCUCUCGUGUAUCCGGCGCCCGCUUGGCCACGCGCCAGCGCCACCGUACGAUGUGCUGGUCCCGCGCAACGGUUUUGGCGUCACGACGGACCGCAGCGAGAGCGUCAAGCGCGUCGUGUACGGCGGCAAGGACAUUGACGUGCUGGACCCCGUUGGCGCUCGCACCGACCGCGGCUACGACUGGGCGCGUGUCGGCAUCGACCCGACGCAGCACCGCUUCGGCUUCUGCCCCGCCUCCGAUGCCUUCACGUCGGGCGACGUGAUGAGCGAGAGCCGCCCCGUCACGAUGCUGUUGCCGAAGCUUGUGAAGGACUUCCAGGCGACGACGCGGGUAGAGGUAGGCAAGCCGCGUGCCUACGGCUUCCACAACGCACCAUUCGAGGAGACGGCAGAGCGGCGGGCAGUGCGGCGUACGCGGCACGGCGAUGGCGACGCGGCGCGCGAGGUGCUUAGCUCCUGGGCGCAGCACCCUGCCACGGUGCAUGCGCAGGACACAUGCGCUGUGGCGGAUGCGCUGGAGAGCACCGCCACUGCCACCAACGCAGGCGGCGUCAGCAGCGGCGACGACGGUAGCCACAGCAAGACCCGUUCACGCUUCGCGUGCACAUUCGGCAGCAGGCUGAGCAGCGGGAAGGUGGGGUCCACCGAGCUGGACGAUAAUGUGCGUGUGCCGCACCUCCUCUACCCAUGCCACUAUGUACAGAUGGGUGUGAAGUCUUCAUACUUUGCGGGCGGACGCCCGCUCGAGGAGGUGCAGGAUCUGUGCAAGAAGGUGAACUUUGGGCUUACAGACACGCAAGUUAAGGAGGUCUUCGCCAGCAUCGCCCAAGACGGAAAGUGCGGUAUCGAGCAAUUCAAGAACAAGGCUGUGGAGAUGGGAUACCUGGCCUAG